UUAUAUAUUCGCAAGUGAAAUAUACAAACAUACAGAAAUAUAGAAAUCACAACCUUUAUAGCAAACAAAACUAUAAAUAGAAAUCACAACCUUUAUAGCAAACAAAAUUACAGAUAGAAAUCACAACCUUUAUAGCAAACAAAAUUAUAGAUAGAAAUCACAACCUUUAUAUCAAACAAAAUUAUAGUUAUAGAACGCAAUUAUCGAAAUUAUAGUUAUGCAACAUUACUAUGACUGUUAUUUGUAAAAUUUACCUUGAACAUUAAAAGUUAUUGAGCAUUACCAUAGCAACACAUUAAUACGUCAGAAAAAGCAAAGAAUGUCUCCAUUAUAUUUCAAAACUUCUGAAGAAAAAACAGUUUUUAAGUUCAUUUCAAUUAAAUAUAGUUCAGAUCCAAGUAAAAUCCCAGUCAGCCAAAAAAAAAAAGAGGGAGAAUUAAUUUUUAAAAAAUUGUCCUUGAAAGAUCUAAGAAGAGACACAUAAUCAUGUGUAAAUGAAUAAAAAAAACUCUACACUACUUUUAUGGCCAACUAUAAAUAAUUACACUUAGCUUUGUUGACAUAUAGUGCACUCUAGCUCAAUAAUUUUCUGCUCCAUAACAACACUUUAGCCAUAAUUUUCCAAAUUAAUCAUCCAUUAUUUUCAAUGGAUUUCCCAAAGAAAAUGAAGGAAAAAAUUGUGGAAAUUGUGAAGAAAACAAUGAAAAUUGGAAAAGAUGAUCCAAGAAAAAUUUGGCAUGCAUUUAAAGUGGGAUUGGCACUCACUUUAAUUUCAUUGUUUUACUAUUAUAGGCCUCUUUAUGAUGGCUUUGGACAAUCAGCUAUCUGGGCUGUUUUAACUGUGGUCGUUGUAUUUGAAUUCACUGCAGGUGCAACUUUGUGCAAGUGUUUAAAUAGAGGUUUUGCCACAUUAACAGCUGGGGCAUUAGGUGUUGGAGCAAAAUAUUUUGCUGACUUAUUUGGGAAAGAAGGGGAACCCAUUGUUUUGGGUAUUUUGGUCUUUACACUAGGUGCACUAGGUACAUUUACGAGAUUUUUCCCACACAUGAAGAGAAGAUAUGACUAUGGAAUUUUGAUAUUUGUGUUAACCUUCAGUAUGGUGACUGUGUCUGGUUAUCGUGUGGACAAAAUAUUAGAAUUGGCUCAUCAACGUUUGUCUACUAUUCUUAUUGGAGCUGCUACAUGCAUGAUUGUAUCUUUGAUUGUUUGUCCUGUUUGGGCUGGUGAAGAUCUUCAUAAACUUAUUUAUACUCAUCUUGAAAAACUUGCAAACUUCUUAGAAGGUUUUGGAAAUGAAUAUUUCAUAAAUUCAGAGAAUGAUGAAAUUGUAAAGCCCUCUAAUGAAGGAUUCCUUGGAGCCUAUAAAACAGUCCUUAAUUCGAAAGCCACUGAAGAAGCUUUGGCAAAUUUUGCAUGGUGGGAGCCUGGUCAUGGAUCUUUCAGGCUACGUCAUCCAUGGAAGCAAUAUUUGAAAAUUGGUGUGCUUGCUAGAGAAUGUGCAUGCCAUCUUCAAGCACUUAGUGGUUACUUUAAUUCCAAGCCUCAGGUAUAUUAUAUAUUAUUAUUAUUUUUAUUUGUACCAAGUGAGUUCCAAAAGGAAAUAGAAGAAGCAUGCACAAAAAUGUGCAUAGAGUCAAGUAAAGUGCUAAAAGAAUUAGCAUUUUCCAUCAAAACCAUGACGCAACCGUCUUCCUCCGCCGCAGAGAUCCAUCUCUGCCACUCAAAAACCGCCGUCGACGACUUCAAAUCGAUCCUCACCACCACCGAAACACUACUAAUCUCCAACAAAUUGGAUCUAUUGGAAAUUUUUCCGGCGAUUACGGUGGCGUCCGUACUCAUUGACGUAAUCAAUUGCGUCGAAAAAAUGUCCGAAUCCGUUGAAGAUCUAUCGGUUCAAGCACAUUUUAAAAAGGCGAAGAACGAGGAAUUUUCUUCGUCGUCGCCGGAGAAACCGCCGCCGCAGCAGCACCAGCUGCUCCACCGCGGAAUUGUUAAACCGGUUGUCGAUGUAGACGAUGCUGGUGGUAGUGAUUUUGUCGCGAUUGAGAUUUGCGGUGGUGGAGAAGCGGCGGCGGGAAAGGCGGAGGUGAAUCCGGUGGUGGUGAAAAGCUGAGCGGUAUUAGGAGGGAAAGUUUAAAUGAACUUUUUGAGUAAUUUAAACUUUUCCUUUCUAAGUUUUUUUUCUUUCUCGUUAGUUUAUACUAUGUUAUUCGA